CAACGUGCGCGCAACCGAUAUCCAAUCGCGACCGUUAGCUGGGGCCGGGCUGCGGUGGUACCAAAGAGGAGAAAAAAUCUGACCGUGCCGGGUGAUGUGAAAAGUCACAAUACCACAUCAAAAACAGGGCUUACCGUUGCACGCUUAGACCAGUCGAGGGGAUAUGAGAAUUACCAUUUGUCAGAGGGUGAUGGCCACAUGUGAGAAGUGAGUAGGAUCUGGGCCAGUGGUUCUUGUGGAGUCUUGUCCCGGCAGUUGAUUGGCAGCAGCAUCUCCAGUUCACCUCCCUCUGCGUGGCACUCUUUCGGCUUGGACACCCCCCCACCACACACUUCCCAGCCAGACUCCCCCAGCACAUCACCUCCCCCAAGAGGGAGAGAACAGCAGCCACCAUGGUGCUGUCACAGAGACAAAGAGAUGAACUAAAUCGAGCUAUAGCCGACUAUCUCCGUUCCAAUGGAUACGAGGAGGCCUAUUCCACCUUCAAGAAAGAGGCAGAGAUAGAUAUGAAUGAAGAGGUAGAUAAAAAGUAUGCAGGGCUUUUGGAAAAGAAAUGGACUUCAGUCAUCAGAUUACAGAAGAAGGUGAUGGAGUUGGAGUCUAAAUUAAAUGAGGCGAAGGAGGAGAUGACACAUGGAGGACCUGUGGGUCAGAAGAGAGACCCCAAGGAGUGGAUCCCCCGUCCCCCAGAAAGAUACGCCCUGAGCGGGCACCGCGCUCCGGUCACACGGGUUAUAUUCCACCCCGUCUUCUCCGUCAUGGUCACAGCCUCUGAGGAUGCCACCAUCAAGGUGUGGGACUACGAGGCGGGGGACUUUGAGCGGACCCUGAAGGGACACACAGACUCUGUGCAGGACAUUUCCUUCGACCAGACGGGAAAGCUGCUGGCUUCAUGUUCAGCUGACAUGAGCAUCAAACUUUGGGACUUUCAGGGGUUCGAGUGCAUCCGAACAAUGCAUGGCCACGAUCACAAUGUGUCGUCUGUAGCCAUCAUGCCAAAUGGCGACCAUAUAGUGUCUGCCUCCAGAGACAAGACCAUGAAGAUGUGGGAAGUCGCCACUGGGUACUGUGUGAAGACAUUCACAGGCCACAGGGAGUGGGUGAGGAUGGUGCGUCCCAACCAGGACGGCUCGUUGAUCGCCAGCUGCUCCAACGACCAGACGGUGCGUGUGUGGGUGGUCGCCUCGAAGGAGUGCAAAGCUGAGUUGCGGGAGCAUGAGCAUGUGGUGGAGUGCAUCGCCUGGGCCCCUGACAGCGCCCACCCCACCAUCCUGGAGGCCACGGGCUCAGAGAGCAAAAAGAGCGGGAAACCUGGCCCCUUCCUCCUUUCCGGAUCCAGAGACAAAACAAUUAAGAUGUGGGACGUCAGCAUUGGCAUCUGCCUUAUGACUCUGGUGGGACAUGACAACUGGGUGCGUGGGAUAUUGUUUCAUCCUGGAGGAAGAUUCAUCGUAAGCUGUGCUGAUGACAAAACCCUGAGGAUCUGGGACUACAAGAACAAGCGCUGCAUGAAGACCCUGAGUGCCCACGAACACUUUGUUACCUCUCUGGAUUUCCAUAAGACUGCUCCCUACGUGGUGACGGGCAGCGUUGAUCAGACAGUCAAAGUGUGGGAGUGCCGCUGAGACUGUCUCCGUCUCUCACCCUGUCCUGAAGCCCCCCCCCCCCCUUUCCUGCACCUCAGUCCUGACUCCCCUCCAGCCCCUCACCUCUCGCACUCCAACCCAUAGUUGACCAUGGCGCUUUACCUUCUCCCCGUCCGCUCCCCUCUCCCCUCCUCCUCCCCUCCUCCCCUACAUCGGUCCAGCCCUAUUAAGAUGACUAUUGUCCUUUUAUGUAAAUUAUUCUGGAUGUAGGGUACGCUUAAUAAAUGUCACGCAAUCUCUGACACAUAAACACACUCAAAAGAUAAGAAGUAUUCCUUGCAUGGUGAAUCAAACAAAAAAAAAAUUGUGAGCUGUUAAAUUUGCCGAAUUCGCAUACUGUUGUCAUGACUUCCUGUCAGGUCCAAAGGGUGAAUAUCCUUGUGUGCUGGCGCAGGUGGAUUCCAGUUAACUGACAGUGCACGGAAAAACCAAUGGCACCCCUUGUUGAGGGGGUUAAGGGUUUUGUUUUGUUUUUAGUCCAUGCUUCCAUUGUUGUGGCUUGUCACUGCGUGGAUGGUGAUAGAGAAGGUGUGAGGAAAGUGAGCAUUAAAGAAAGAGAAUGAGUGGAAGCUGUCCAGGAGAAGAUGAUGACAAGUGGAAGAAAAAAAUGAAGCCGAUUUCAGCUCCCUAAGUUGAAUCACACGAGGUUCUGUGGGCGAGUGCACGUGUACAUGUGUGUAUACAUUGUGUGAGUGUGUGUGUUUGUAUAUUAUGACAGGAGAACCUCUCUGCUGUCUCUGCUCUGCCGCUCAGAGGAGAGGGAGGAGGCAAAGCUUCUCACACACUGUGUUCAUUCAUACUACUUCAUCUCUUUUAACAAAAUUGCUUUCUAGUAGACACUCACAGGACCUUAAUGAUCCCCUAAGCUGCUGAGAGCACAGACACACGGCCCCUAGCAAGUGUGUUUUACAGAGGAAAAAGUCUGCUCACCCUUUAUGAGGUUUGUGUGUGUGUGUGUGUGUGUGUGUCGCCCCAGAGAAUCGCCCAGUGCCCUCUUGCUCGCUAUCUCUGCCUUGUUAACCCAUUGAGGGCUCCCUCACACGGGAUUUUCAUUCUGCUUUCUGUGGUCUCACUGCUCUCUUUACACACAUACACUCACAAAUGCACAUACACGCACAGUAAAAGUUGUGUAUCAAUAUAUCUGGAUGUCAUUGUUUGCAACAUAAUGAAAUAAAAUUCUGUAAAUAUGA